UGUUUAGUCCCGCCCCCGGAAACGGAACCCUGGCAGCGAGCGCGGGAUUUAAGAAAUUUCAGAAGCAGCUCGCGCUCAGAAAUCCGCGCGGACAGCGGACUAUAAACAACAACGCUAAAGAAAGAAAGAAAUAAAGAAAGAGACAGACAGACAGGUUUAAAUAUGGCGACUCCACCAAAGAGAUCGUGCCGUGUUCCCGCCAGUCCCUCCGGCAGCGUCUCGCGCAGAGAGAAGAAGAUCUCCAUCGAGGGAAACAUCGCUGCAGGAAAGUCUACCUUUGUGCGUCUCCUCGAGGCAGCGUCUGAGGACUGGGAGGUGAUCCCUGAACCCAUCGGGAAAUGGUGCAACGUCCAGAACGACAGCGACGACAUUUACCAGGAGCUGAGUUCGUCCCAGAAGAGUGGAGGAAACCUGCUGCAGAUGUUGUAUGAUAAACCCAACCGCUGGUCCUACACCUUCCAGAGUUAUGCGUGUCUCAGCAGAGUUCGUUCUCAGCUUCAGGCUCCGUCUCUCAAACUCCAGCAGGCUGAAAACCCCGUUCAGUUCUACGAGAGAUCAGUCUACUCAGACAGGUACGUGUUUGCGUCCAGCCUGUUUGAGAGCGGCAGCCUGACGGAGACCGAGUGGAGUGUGUAUCAGGACUAUCACACCUGGUUACUGAACCAGUUUGAACCGGAUAUCGCCCUGGACGCCAUCAUCUACCUCCGAGCCCCGCCACAGUCUGUGUGUGUGUGUCUGUGUCUGUGUGUGUGUGUCUCUGUGUGUAUAUCUGUGUGUAGUCUGGACUUUGAGUACCUGAAUGAUCUUCCCGUUCUCAUUCUGGACGUUGACGACGACUUUAAGAACGAUCGCAUCAAACAGGAAGCCAUCAUCGACGAGGUCCGAGACCUACUCUCCACGCUGUAGACCAAUCACAGCUCUGCUCGUCCCCACGCUGUAGACCAAUCACAGCUCGGCUCGUCUCCACGCUGUAGACCAAUCACAGCUCGGUCGUCUCCACGCUGUAGACCAAUCACAGCUCGGCUCGUCUCCACGCUGUAGACCAAUCACAGCUCGGCUCGUCUGAUUGGACGACCCCGUUACUUUGUAAAUGUUUUUCUUGAUGAAUUUUUGACUGAUUUUAAUGCAGAACUCCAGUUCUCUCUUCCUGUAUAUUUUAUAUUUUUGUAGAUACAAAUUAAAGUGUGUGUGUGUGUGUUGUGUGUGUGUGUGUGUGAGUGUGUGUUGUUGUGUGUGUG